AUGGAAGCGAAAACAACAAAUACGACAAGAUUGUUGUCCUGUGUACGAGAAGCGCUCAACUCUUCUUCUCCUGAAGUCAGCAUUGAAUUUGUUUGCGGAACUAUCGUGCUAUUCGAAAAGCAUUUUGGUCAGAAAAAUAAAGCUGCUAUGCAGAAAAUUCUCAAGGAAGCCAUGGACAACUAUGGGCCAGAUUCGCCAUUUUCAAAUAACGAAAACAUGCUUCCUAUUUAUAGUAUGUUGACAAAGUAUGCGAAAUCUUUGACUGUGUCUGAGAUCUUCGAGCGGUUAUACCGCAAGGGUUCCUAUCGCCGUUGUGCUAAAUUCUACACAGAAUGGUGUAAAAGUUGCACAGAAGAACCGAAAAAAUUGGAAAUACUCGAUUUAGCUUUCCAAGCUAACGCUGAGCCGGUUGAUGUACUACUUUCAGCAAGAGAAGAUAUACUUUCGAAUACAUCCUGUCUUGGACAGGAUAAUGUUCACCUUGGGCAUUCAUCAUCGCACGAUCGCGGUGUUAUAAAUAGAAGACCACAUACGGAAAAGUCAGUGAAGAGAGCACUUUUCUCUGGAAAGUCAUCGAAUGUUGUUGGAACAAGCAAAUGUCUACCUGAAAAAGAAGUAUCAGCAUCAAAUUGCGAAUUUGUGCUUCCAGAUCCUUGUACUUCAUCUAGAAGAACACCAACCGAUUCAUUAUCGCAAUCCAACUUGGAAGCGCCGGGACACCGACCCUCUGAAAUUAACGAUUCUUUGCCUUGUCCCGAUCCUAAUGCUGAAAACAUAAAUCCAUCCGGAGCUCCGGCAGAACCUGUUGUAAGACGUAAAUUAGCUGGAAUUUUGGUAGCAUCACUUGAUUUCACGUUGGAAGAUUAUGACCUAAGUGACGACGUUGUUGCAAACCUGAAAUCAGCUGAGAUGCUAAAAAGGGAGGACAACGAAGCAAAUAUUAGAAAUAAUAUCCCAAGCGAUGAAACUGAGCAGUCUAGCAGUUCACGUCCAUCUCUUUCGACUGAAAAGAGACUCACUCCUAGUCCUACGCAUAGUGAUAAUUGUAUUAGAAUAUGGACCAAGAAAAUGAAACAUGGACCGCGCUAG